AUGGCUAGAAAAAGAUCUGCUUUAUCUCAAAGGGCUCCACCAGCACCUGAUUUUAAUGAAGAAAAGCGUUAAACAGAUAAUGCUAGCAUAGAAAGACACAUGGCUAAUUUUUUUGCUGACUUAAGCAAAAAUAGUUUAAGUGAUAUCUAAUAAAUCAGUUUACCAAAUAAUAGUUCAUAAUAAAUAGAUUCUUAAUAAAAAGAUUAAAAACAAGGCGCUGAUGCAAAUAAUUCUAGCAACUAAACAGCAGAAGCAGUAAAAAAAGUAGAUUAAUCAAAAUUAGAUAAAAUAAGUCAAUUGUUAGCAUCUAAAAAAUAAGAAGUAAAUGCAGCUACAGCUUCUUCUACACCAAAAUAAGCUCUAACUGAUAAAUUGAAAAAUUUAUUUCAAAAAAAUGGAUUAACUGGAGCAUCUUCUACAAGUUCUUCAAGCACAGCUACUUUAUUAGUAUAAAUAUAAGAAAAACAAUCUACAGCACCAUAAAGUCAUGAAAAUUUAAUAUUGAAGUAAAAAGAAGAAUAUGACCCUGCUCGUCCAAAUGAUUAUGAAAUAUUAAAGAAAGAAAUCAAUAAAUAAAAGCAAGACUUAGAAAAGUUUAAGAGUAAAAAAUCUUUAGGAAACAGCACUGAAGAAGAAGUAAUAGUAUAGCCUCAAAAUAAUAUAUAAAAAUUAUCAUACAAUGAUGAUUAUGAAAUGGAAGAAGAAGAUGAAGAUGAUGAUUUUAGACCUGCUUUUGGUUUAGGAAUGAAAAAUAGCCAGAUGGAAAUAGAGAAGGAUACAGCAGAUCUCUACUCUAAAGGAGAUUAUGAAACUUCAGAAUAAAAAGCUUAUAAAAUGAUGGAAAAGCAAGGUUUUAAAUUAGGAUAAGGUUUGGGUAAGAACUAGCAAGGUAUUGUGGCUCCUAUAAUUGCACAGAAAAUAAGUGACACUUCAGCUAUCAUUACAUAAAGUACUAUGGAUUUAUCUACUAUAUUACCACAAGAAUUAGUUAUGAAGAGAUAUUUUGAAUAAAGAAACUUGAUUCCAACAAAGGUUGUUUGCAUUAUCAAUUUGAUUGCACCGUGGGAAAUUGAUGAAGAUUUAGAAGAGGAAGUUACUGAAGAGUGUUUCUAAUAUGGAGUGGUUGUGAAUUUAAAAAUAUACGUUAUGUCUUCUGAAGAUUGUGAAGAUGCUGUUAGAAUAUUCAUUAAAUAUAAUCAAGUGGAAGAAGCUAUGAAUGCCUUCACAAAUUUGGAUGGGCGUAUAUUUAACGGAAGAUCAGUUAUUGGAUAUUUUUACUCUGAAGAAGAGUUCGAAAAGAAUUAGUUAUCUUAUAAUCUCUCUUGA